GGGAAAAAUAACGCCCAUUUCUUCUCACCUGGAAUGCUCUUGUCCGCGGGUGGCUGAGAAUUUCGCUCAUAGUCAAUCGACUUUUUUCUUUGCAACAUGGCGUCCCGCGUCCUCAGAAUCGGUCUUAUUCCUGGCGAUGGUAUCGGGCGUGAAGUGAUCCCCGCAGGUCGGCGUGUGCUCGAGGCCCUUCCUUCGUCCUUCGGCCUCAAAUUCGAGUUCACCGACCUUGAGGCCGGCUUCGAGACGUUUCAGAACACUGGCGCCGCGCUGCCCGAUCGCACCGUCAAGGUGCUGAAGGAUGAGUGUGAUGGUGCGCUCUUCGGCGCUGUGUCUUCGCCUACUAAGGCCGUCAAGGGAUACUCAUCACCAAUCGUUGCUCUCCGCAAGAAGCUCGAUCUGUACGCCAACGUGCGUCCCGUGAAGACCAUUGCCUCAGCCGCCAACCCCAUCGACCUGGUCAUCGUGCGCGAGAACACCGAGGAUCUCUACGUCAAGGAGGAGCGGACACUCGAGGACCCGGCCAAGGGCGGCGUAUACGCCGAGGCUAUUAAGCGCAUUUCUGCGCGCGCGUCCUCGCGCAUCGCCACCAUAGCCGGAGAGAUCGCCCUGCGCCGCCAAAAGCUGCGCGAUUCCGGCUCCGCGAGCAUCCACAAGUCGCCGCUAGUCACCAUCACGCACAAGUCCAACGUGCUAUCACAAACCGACGGUCUCUUCCGCACCUGCGCCAAGGAGGCUCUCGCGGCUGCGCAGUUCGUACAGGGCGGCGUCGCUGUCGAGGAACAGAUUGUCGACAGCAUGGUCUACAAGCUCUUCCGCCAGCCCAGGGACUACGACGUCAUCGUUGCGCCCAACUUAUACGGUGACAUUCUCUCCGAUGGUGCGGCAGCGCUCGUCGGCUCUCUAGGUCUCGUUCCCAGCGCGAACGUCGGCGAGGGUUUCGCCAUUGGUGAGCCCUGCCAUGGCUCUGCCCCCGAUAUCGAGGGCAAGGGCAUCGCGAACCCGAUCGCCACACUGCGCAGCACCGCGCUCAUGCUUGAGUUCCUGGGCGAGGAGCAGGCCGCCGCCAAGAUCUACGCCGCCGUUGACGCCAAUCUUGAGGAGGCGAAACUGUUGACGCCCGAUCUAGGUGGCAAGGCCACGACCGAGGAAGUUGUGAACGAUAUCCUCAAAAGGUUAUAAAUAGAAAAAAAGAACUUGAUAAGGAAGAUGAGAAUCAUCAAACAGGACUCACUCACCCUGACCGCUAUCACUUGAGUUAUCGCGAGCACUUUCCAUCUGACGACAUCUGGGGAAAAAAGUAUUCUGCAGGGCCUAAACGUAAAUAAAAGGAGAGAGAUAAAGGGGCCCUAAAAGCUUUCAUGUAGAUAAAAUAGACGGAGUGAUCUCGUUGGAAAAGAUACCCUCAGUAUACUACAUCCAGAGCAAUGGCACCCUUCUCUCCAUGAGCACUCAUAACCGUAUUUUCACUACAACCAACGUUCGAAGAACCAAGAAACCCAAAAUAAGCCAGGAAGGACCAAACGAUACAGAAGUGAGAGUGGUAAUUGUCUGACUGAUAUUCAUGAUCCUGUACCGACGGCAGUGUCUAUACACACGUAUAUACGACCCCCUAACCUAGCCCAACCCAACCCGCUCUGCACUCCUCUGUUCUAGGAUAUAUCACAG